AUGAAUUGCUCUGAAUACAAUUUCCAUAGUCCAAUGAUGUCAAUAAAUGGCUCAUUCAUCAGAGCGGAGAGCAGUGAAUGGGUCCCUCACCAGAACAAAGAACUGGAAAGAACAUUAUUAUUGACCAUCCAGGAGCCAACCACUAUCUCACUGACUGUAAUGUACUCGCUGUCAUUUUUGGUUGGCUUCAUGGGAAACCUCAUGGCAAUUCGGAUGCUCACCAGCCAGAGAAACAGGAAGGUGCAGAGCGUCAGUGCUACAAAGAGUUUACUGAUCAACCUGGCUGUCUGUGACCUGAUGGUAGUCUGCAUCUGCAUGCCCAUCACCCUGGGCCAUACCAUCUACACAGCCUGGGUGUAUGGGGAUGUGCUCUGCAGGGCAGUGCCCUUUAUCCAGGCAGUCUCUGUGUCAGCUAGUGUACUCAGCCUGACGGUUAUCAGCGUGAACAGGUAUUACAGUGUCCACAGCCCACUGAAUGCCCGCUCCUACUUCACCCAGAGAAAGAUUUACAUUACCAUCAGCAUUGUGUGGAUUCUGAGCUCCAGCAUCUGUUCCCCGCUUCUUUUCAUGAUCAAGUUGGAUGAAAUAUGUUUGAUAAACAUUGCAGUUCCUGUCUGCAGAGAGCUGUGGCCACAGAUGAGGCUCAAGCAGGUGUAUAACGUGCUCCUCUUCAUCACGCUCUACUGCAUACCUGUGGCUUUUAACCUGACCAUCAGUUUCCUUACGGGACAGAAGCUCUGGAGGGCAUCACGGCAUUUCAGCGACUUUGACCCUCACAGUCAGGUGAUGUAUGCAUCAUGUUUGAAGACGCGGAAGAAGAUUGCAAAGUUGGUGGUCACCCUGGUCCUACUCUUUGCCAUCUCCUGGCUGCCCCUGUAUGUGACUGAUAUUUUGAUUGACCAUGAAACACACACCCCACACUGGAUCCUACAGACCCGGCCGUUCGCCCAGUGGCUGGGUCUCACCAAUUCUAGCCUCAACCCCAUCUGCUACUGUUUCCUGGGGGAUCUUCACCGUUCUGCCAAGGUAAUCCAGUCCAAGUACAACCAGCAGAUGCUGUCUUUCCUCAGCACUUCAAGCUCCACCAAGCUAUCAAGACUGCUCCUUUUUAAGCGUCAGACAUCCAGCCAGAGGCAGGAGACAGGAGCUCAGGUGUCUGAGGAAACACUCUCGGAUUGGUGCUCUCACACAAGUGUAGGGGACUUCAACCAGAUGCUGUCUCUUCAAAGCCUGUCUGAGAAGAUAGAGUCAAGGAGCACACCUGACCUCAACAGCCUGUCAGUAGAGAACCUAUAA